UCACGAUCGUCCCCGCCCCGCACCUGUGAGUCUCACCUCGGUUGUUCCUUUACGCACGCAAUUGAGAAGUCCACUCCAGUCGCACCGGCGCGCGCCUUGUACGCGCAGCAUGCAAACGUCGCAGAUGUGCUGAGUGGAGCGGAAAAGCGUGUUGUGCGUUCAACUCCACAACCUUUAAAGGGUGCACUUCACACGUUAGGACGACUUCUCUUCACUCACUUUGAUGGGGACUUCGACAUUAAGCAGGGAAAAUGCCUGUGAUGAAGGGAUUACUAGCGCCGCAGAACACCUUUUUGGACACUAUAGCGACGCGCUUUGAUGGCACUCACAGUAAUUUCAUUCUGGCCAACGCUCAGGUGUCCAAAGGCUUCCCCAUCGUCUACUGCUCGGAUGGCUUCUGUGAGCUCACAAGCUUCUCCAGGGCCGAGGUCAUGCAAAAGAGUUGCGCCUGUAAAUUCCUCUACGGCCCCGAGACCAGCGAAAGUAUCAUCAACAGCAUCGACGAUGCUCUGGAGGGACGCAAGGAGUUUAAGGAUGAGAUCAUGUUUUAUAGUAAGACAGCGGUGCUUUUCUGGUGCCUGUUGGACAUUGUACCGAUUAAGAACGAAAAGGGGGACGUGGUGCUCUUUCUGGCUUCGUUCAAGGACAUCACUGAUAUUAAAGCCAAAAGCAUUCAAGAGGACAAGAAAGAAGAGCGACGGCGAGGCAGAAUCAGAACAAGCUCUCCGUUCGGCUCUGCUCGGAUGCGGAGCAGCACGGUGCUCUACCACGUCUCCGGGCACCUCCACAGCAGAAAGAAGAGCAAAAUUAAGCUCAAUAAGAAUGUGUUUGGCGAGCCUCCCGCCCUGCCAGAGUACAAGGUAGCAGACGCCAAAAAGUCCAAAUUCAUCCUGCUGCAUUACAGCACGUGCAAGGCCGGCUGGGACUGGCUGAUCCUGCUCGCCACUUUCUACGUGGCCGUGACCGUCCCGUACAACGUGUGUUUCAUCGGCGACGACGACGACCUCACCCGCAGCACGACCGUCAGCGACAUCGCCGUGGAGAUUCUCUUUAUCCUGGAUAUCGUUUUCAAUUUCCGCACCACCUACGUCAGCAAGUCAGGCCAAGUGAUCUUUGACGCUCGGCAGAUUUGCUUUCACUACCUGACCACCUGGUUCAUCAUCGACCUGGUGGCCGCCUUGCCCUUUGACCUGCUCUAUGCCUUCAAAGUCAGUGUGGUGUCCGUGGUGCACUUGUUGAAAACGGUGCGCCUGCUGCGUUUGCUUCGCCUCCUCCAGAAAAUGGACCGCUACUCGCAGCACAGCACCGUGGUCCUGACCCUGCUCAUGUCCAUGUUCGCCUUGUUGGCUCAUUGGAUGGCCUGCAUCUGGUACAUCAUCGGGAAAAUGGAAAUGGAGGCCAACGCCUACAACUGGGAUAUUGGUUGGCUUCACGAGCUGGCCAAGCGUCUGGAGUCGCCGUAUUACCCCAUGGGAAGCGUGAACAACACCGGCAGCGGGCCGGCCAUCCGCAGCGUCUACGUGGCCUCGCUCUACUUCACCCUCAGCAGCCUCACCAGCGUGGGCUUCGGCAACGUGUCGGCCAACACCGACAUCGAGAAGAUUUUUUCCAUUUGCGUCAUGCUUAUAGGAGCAUUAAUGCACGCAUUGGUCUUUGGCAAUGUGACAGCCAUAAUCCAGAGGAUGUACUCCCGCUGGUCCCAGUAUCACACCAGGACCAAAGACCUCAAGGACUUUAUACGAGUGCAUCAUCUGCCGCACAGCCUGAAGCAGCGAAUGCUGGAGUAUUUUCAGACAACCUGGUCAGUCAACAACGGCAUCGACUGUAAUGAGCUGUUGAAGGACUUCCCGGAUGAGCUCCGCUCCGACAUCACCAUGCACCUGAACAAGGAGAUCCUGGAGCUGUCCCUCUUCGCCUCGGCCAGCAGGGGCUGCCUGCGCUCUCUGUCGCUCCACAUCAAGACCACCUUCUGCGCUCCUGGAGAGUACCUCCUCCGAGAGGGCGAUGCCCUGCAGGCCAUCUUCUUUGUGUGCUCCGGGAGCAUGGAGGUCUUGAAGGACGGCAUGGUGUUGGCAAUUCUUGGUAAAGGCGACCUGAUUGGAGCCAACCUGUCCUUAGACGACCGAGUCAUCAAAACCAACGCGGACGUGAAAGCGCUGACCUACUGCGACCUGCAGUGUAUUCAUUUAAAGGGUCUGUAUGAGGUGCUGGACCUCUACCCGGAGUACUCGCAUCACUUUGUGCAGGACAUUCAGCAGGAUCUCACUUACAACCUGAGGGAGGGACAAGAGACACACGUGAAGGCCAAACUGUCCACUGCAGCUCUUGACUCUCAGUCAGGUGUGAAAAGGAACGGGCGACUCGUUCAGGGUUGCGCGCCUCUCGCCGAGACCCAGCGGGGACAUGACAAGGACGUGAGGCAAGAUGAUGAUUGUCCGUCAUCGGAGCAGAACAGGGCAGUGACCCUCAGGGCCGCCGGUGGGUCGUCUCCAGCCGACCGAGCCAAUCGCGGAAGCGCAGGACGCAACUCUGAAAAGUCUGGAAGGAUGAGCCAGGAUAUUACACUGGUCACUUUGGACCCUUACGACUUGAGCCCCAGGGUAGUGGACGGAACAGAGGACAACGAAGGGACAGAAAGUCUGCUGCCCUUCCCAGGUUUCUCUUCCGACCGUGGUUGCCAUGACAAUGAUCCCACCAGUGCCUCAGCAUCCACCACAGAAACGCCACACAUCAGCACGGCGGAAUUAGCUGCAAAAGCCGAGGAGACCAGAGGACAACUCCGACAUCUCAACCAACAGGUGCUAAACCUAGGCAGGGAAGUAGCAGACCUUGGCCAGGUGAUGAAGCGAAUGACCCAGCUCAUGGAGACCCUGUUGUCAUCCGGGCCCCAAGCAACAGUGGCGUGCCCCACACAUUGCUCCCCGGGCCAGCGCAUUCACCCGGCCCACACGUGCUACCCUUCCCCGCCCUCGUCUCAGACUCCCUCCAUCUGGAUGGACACUCCCCCCCCUCGGCUCCCGGCGCCCUCGUGGCACAGACCCCGGGACCUUCAGCUGGGGUACGCCCCCGGUCCCUUUCAAACGCAAUCCUCCUCCAUCAUCGCAGAGGCACACCUGACUUCCUCGCCCUUCGGCUCACCGGAGACUCACCGAUGCAAAGACGGGCUUUCUACCUCUGUCAGGUCAAGGGUACACGGUCCACCUCCGCAGGACGGGAGUGACGCGAGCCCUCAUCGGAGCUACGGGCACUCCCCUCCCUGUGGACUCGUGGAGCUCUACCAGAACCAAAGUAAGAGUUUGUAGCAGGCCUGCAUCUGGCAGCCUUUCUUUCCGUAGACAUGACUGGGAAUGAUCACAUGUUUUUUGCAGGGAUGCAAGAUCACUCUUGCAUUAGAGACACAAUGAAAACACGCAUGAAAACAAAUUGGUUGUGUUAGCGUUAGCUUUUUUGCAUUUUGCUGUUUAUUAGGACAGGGAUUAAAGGUUAAAGGCAAAUAACCAAACCCCUCCCCCCCUCACUCCUUCCUUUCCUUUUCCUUCUGCCACCCGACUACCCCCUGAGGCACCUUCCCAUUUGAAAGCAAUUUGAAAGCAAUACACACAGUAGGAGUCUUUCCACCCAUGCAAUUUAUUAUCGGACUGCGAGGUUUGAUACCUUUUUCAGGGCCAAAAAGAUGCAGGUAUGAAAACGUUAAGGCUAGAAGAAGAAAAAGAAAAUCCUCUGAGGAGCCAUUCACGAUGAGGAGUCUUUAGUGGAGGUGGGCCAUCCCCACUCAACUGUUUGCCGAAGCCUCCUACCUACCUCUCACUGCUCUUUCCCAAGGACCAGCCCUGAUUGCUCAUCCAACACGUUGGGGGGGGAUGAAGAACAAGAGGUUAGACAUAUUGCACUCUUUCCGACUGGUCCUCUGGGAACCGGGGGCGGUCGGGUUGUGGGUGCCGGCUACGCUUGGCUCGGAGUAACUCCGGGCCUGCUGUCACACUAAGUAGGCUCCGCUUCUCCCUCUCGGGCUCUUUUCCAAUAUUUCCCCAUCACCGGUUCUCGGUCCCCCUUCCUUGGUCUCUCUGUGCAUGCUAGUCGGAGCACUUUUUUGAGUAGUUGCUGUAGACGCACAUUAACAUGCCGCAUGUCCCAGCUCGCCAUUUAUCCUUCUAUUGAAAUGACAACACUGUUUUAAUAACCAAACUUGACAUUUACUGAUGCAUAUUUAUUCAUGUGGGUUCAAUUUUUGAAACAGCCAGGUAAUUUAAAGCCUAAAGGCAUCAGAUGCAUACAUGUUGUGGGGGGGUCAGGAGUAGACCGAUAACAAACUGGUUAGGCCAUCAAGGCUUUUUGGCUCUGACAUUUGUUUUCUCGCAGGUGAAGAACGAAGGCAAUAUUCCCACAGAAAUGCACAAUAUUGAAGACUUUUAUAUUUAUAUGAAUGUAUCAAAACAAAAUGUAUUUUUAUACCGAAAAGAAUGCAAGAUGUUAUUAGGAUACGAGGUAGUGCCAGUUUUGUUGGGCAGCAUAGGCGGGCAAACCCGAAUCGGAUAAAGGUCCUGACUGGCUUCUGAUGAUUUGCGUUAAUGUUGUAUUAAGAUCCUUUGCACAUGGAAUGUACUGGAAUAAAUCAUUUUAUCCUCCCUUCAGAUUUUGAUAUUAGAUCCGAGAAUUGAUAUGCUAAUAAAUGACUAACAGGACUGUUCAGUCAGGGUCAUUUUUUUUAAAGUAUUCUUCAGUGUUUAAAUAUUCAUCCAAAGUAGCUGUUCUUCUUUCCUAGGAGUUUCUAUCAACUAUUUCCCUCAUCCAUAGUAACAUGGUAUCAUUUUUCCUCCCUACAGUGAACUCAUCUUUUAUUAAGCAUUUCUCAUGAUAUCACUCAGUCCAAACUGAGGCCCAUCCUGCUUUGUACCCAACCUGCUUUUUUUUUUUUUUCCAUUCAACUGGAAAGGUCAGUUAGAUUUGGCUAACACGAAUGCAGAACAAUGUAAGUACUUGGAUCUCUUUCACCUUUUCGAUUCCGAUGAGACGUUAUAAAUUAAAGUAAAAGAACCUCUUCAGUGGUGAGAAUUUCUUACUGUUAAUUUCUUUUCACAAUGUUGAAAUGCACCAGCUGUGCUGAGGAUGUGAAAAUAUUAUUUGCAGCCCUCAUCCACGCUAAUCUUGUGGUUGUGUGUACAGCCACACUGAUCACUUGAGUGUUUUACCGUUUGUGUGUGAGAUGCCGUCUGCUGUGUUUGCGUUGCAGACAAAGGAGAGGACGUGAAUGGAGCUCGCACGACACUUGUGUGUUUGAUAAAUGACUCUGAGCUGCUCCCAUGUGUGCUAUGGUACAAACGCUGCCGCCGCAAAGGGUGGCCCAACAAUAGGUACGUCACAAGCUGGAGAUGAAUGGUGGCUUCCUUUCAUCAAGUGAAGCUUCUGCAACAUCUGCCGAAUGACGGCGUCUCCUUCUCCUUGAAAGGGAAGUGACAUGUUCUUUUUUUUUUUUUUUUACCACUAGAUUGCAAUUAAUUCAUUGGGCAGAUAUUGGAAAACCUUGAUCUUAAGGUUUAUAAACUACGCCAUCUGCUGUUCACAUCUGUUUAUGGAGAGAAAAAUUGGAAAAAAAACUUUUUACUGCUUAAAUUUAUUAACAAUUUCAUCAUGCUCUUUGAGUGUGAGCUGAUAGUCUUUUAUUAAAAAUAGGAGUUCCAUCUAAAAUCCUUAAAACAGGAGCAAAUAUUGUGAACGUUUUACCAUAAUGUAGAUAAUGAUAGAUUAUUAUUAUUAUAUACAUUUUUUGGACAAAUAUUAGGGCGACACGAGCUGCUCAAAGUGCCACUGCUGCGUGGGAUGCCGCGUGCAGGGGCGCAAGACGAGGUCUCCCGCACCCGUCUGGGCACCGACUUGAUCCGAUGGUGUGCCACGUCCAUCCUUCACAGCCUCCACACACAACAGAGACUGCCGAUGUAGCAACUGGCCACUCAGCUGGAAAGAAACAAAACCUUGCAGACCUGAAAGUCAUCUCAAGAGGUUAUAAAAAAUCUUCGCUCCUGCUUCACCUUUAUGAACGUCCACUGGAGCCUUUCACUGAUUGGCUGCCAACACUGGGAGAGGACCACCUGGUCUCCGACGGCGUCCAUACACAAAGCCCCCGCGGGACCCCAUCGCACUUCCCCGUCGGAGUUGAGGUCACAAUGCUGCAAUAACCUGCAGGUUAUCUUUGUGGCCUGUGACUUUCUUGCAGUGUGAGGAGACUGUUGCCAUGGUUACCUGCCUGCCUGUACCACUGCACGGCGCUAGGAUCAUGGCUCCGACAUGCGCCCCUUGACCCGGAUGGUGGUCGAUGCAGCCACCGACUGCGACGUUGUACAGCUUCGAAAAGACAAAAGUGACCCACAUUCAGUAUUCGACUAAGUAAGUAUUUUUCAAAAUAUUUUCUUAAAAAUUGCCCUAGAACUAAACCGUGUGUUCCCAUAUUACCUCGCCCGAGAAUCCUGGUCUAUCCUGCGGAAUGUAAAGUUGGGGAUGGAUUGUCGUCAGGUACCAGUGGAAGUCCCUACAUCCCAAAGUCAUCUUCAACUGCUGGCGCUCGGUGGGCUCUUACCUGUCCUGGGCCACCCUCUCCAGGAGUGGUUCCAGCCAGCCGUUGUGGCAUUCAACGUGUGAGUCCAUGAACACCAGAACCUCCCCCGAAGCUAUGGAUGCACCCAGGUUACGGCACCCUCCGACCCCGAGGCGCUUCGUGCUGCGAAUCAAACGUACCCCAUCCAGGCACUCAUACCCUGUGUACUGAGGUCGUCCACUAGGAGGAGCUCCACCAGGAAGGCACUGGGCGCUGUGUUGAUGACGCUGUGCAGUGUGCGUAAAAGUGUGGACCAAGCCUCAUCGUGAAAGCAGAUGACCACGCUGGCAGAAGGCAAUGAUUCACUGUACUGUUCGCCAAAGCACCUAUCACAAAAAGAAUUCAUCUCACACUGAGUAACGUAUCCACACCGAAGUAGUCCAUGCGUAAAAGUGAUUUUGUUCCCCCCACUCACUUAGGAUGUCGCGCCUCAGGCAGUGAGCGAUACGCUGAGAUCUGGUUGUCGUCCUGCUCUUCUUCUUCCACACGACCGGACAGAAAUUCCUUCCUCGACGCGGGCAAGAACAUCUUGUAAUUCCCAUUCCUAUGCCGCAGGUCUUUUGCGUUCUGCGUGGACGCCACGAACAAAAGUUGGUCCUCCUUAAGCGAGUUGAUGGGGACGAACUCGGGUACCAGCUCCAAUUCUGCGUCUCCGAUCAGCUCCAAAUCGUCCGGUGGAUCCGGGGGCCGCUGGAAGGGGCGGCGUGGGGCGCCAGCAAGUGUCUGGUGGGAGCGUUGUUGUUCUUCUUCAUGGAAAAGGCUGCAGGCCAUCUGUCAAAGUCAGAAAACAGCAGCAGUCGGGUCCAGUUUGGAUCUCAUGGUUCCGUCUUGGCAGUUUGACAGGUCAUCUGGAUGAAGGAUAAGACGAUGGAAAAUCGAGUUUUCCCAGCAGGUUGCUAUCAUCGUCGGAUUUAGAGUUACAGCACUGCAGUAAAAAUAUUUUUUAUGAGAUUUGUAACGCAUUUUUAACCCUUUACUGCACACACAUUGAAUUAAACUUUUUUUUUUUAAGUACACAUCUGCAAACACAGUAUAUUUAUUGCCCCUCCUCUACUUGGGAUGACAGGGCAGCGUUUCCUCUCAUGUUUGUGAUUACAGCGGUGAGAUGAGGACAUCUGAAAAACACGAACGGGGUUAAAUAGGAGUGUGUUAACCUGCAAUCUGCGCUAAUGUAGCGCGUCAGGGUUAUUGUUCUUUGCAGGAGCUUUUCUCAGAGAAGGAGCAAAUGUGGUAGGUGGAGAAGAAAGAGAAGGCGGACCCAAAUGAGAGGCCUGCGUGGAGGAAAAGAGGAGGGGUCAGCCCAGAAGCAAACACUCCCAUAUGUCGUCUGUUAAGCCAAAAUACACUUGAGGAGAAGGCUUCCCUCCCACCACAGAGACACACACACACAGGAGGAAUGUGUCUGCAUUCCACUUCCCCAUUAAAAAUGGACUGCAUGUGCCCAGGCGCCACGGUUGUUCCUUUCCCCGAAUACAGCCCCCAUGAGACCGACCACCUGUUGUUAGACAGUGUGGCCACCAGGGGGCGCAGAAGCACAUUAACUGCACUUAAAACCCAGGAACAAUUGGAGGGAGGAGCUAAGAAAACGAUUCAAUGGAAGAGUGGAGGCUCCACGUCGGCCGCUGGUCAUCUACCUGCACAAAUCAACGCCAAGCUGUUUUCUAAAGGACAGGAGAGGAGAGGUUUGGGGCCCAACGGUGCAGCCAGCCAACAGCUUCGUGGGACCUGCUAUUGGACAUGUGAUAGUAAACAUUCAGUCAUAAACAAGUUGGAUGGAAGUCUGCUCGUUGCCGUGUGGUGGUUGGCCAGUGGACAAUCAGCGUAUGGACCAGUCAGCAUGUGGACCUAAGACAAAAAGAGAUCUAAUUUGGCUUGCAGCACCUUGUGGAUGAGGAAGCAACAAGAAAACUUCAAGCGUUGUUGCAGAGACUCUUGGGACUUCACCUGGACACAAGAACAGGCAUUUGACUUUUGGAACAUGUUAGCUGAAAUGUGCCUUCUCUCACCAGCAGAGGACUCUCGAGACAUACACCAGUCCAAAGCGAAGUAAACUUGAAGCUUCCGGCAAGUAGCAUUUCACCUUGUAGAUCCACCUGUAAAUAGUUUGCAAAUCCAGGUCCAGAAAAUGAAAGCCCUGCCACAGUUUGGCUUUAGCCACUGGUGCUUCUACUCUGGGAGCUAGUUUACCAGCCAACGGAGUAGAAGCACAUGUGGCUAAAGUCAAACUGUGGCAGGGCUUUCCAAUUUGUGGACCUGGACUCUGAAAUGAAAAGGAACAGCCACAAUGACUCCGUCCGUGUUGGUUGACUUUAUUUUUAACUGUAGAGUUGUGCUGAAGCAGUUAGCACUCGAACCUCACACGACCAACAGCAGGCCAAGCUCCUGAAAGACUCGACAGGGCGGACACCUGCACACAAACGAGGGGAACAACCAAGCGUCAAUUUUCUAAGUUUAUUUGAAUGCCAGUAUUGAAAACAGAGGCAGCUUUGAGGACCUUUUUGGAGAAUGUCUUUGCCUAGCAGGUGGAGGAUCAUGGUGACCAAGUCCCAGACAGUCUUACUGGAACUGAACUGCAUCGAGAGAGGAACAAGGCAAGCAAUCUUUCUUUUUUUUUUAAACUAAACAUUUAAUUUCAUUAGCAACAGGUUCAAACCUUGGAGAUGAGCUUUUUCUUCACCGGGGAAGAUCCAUGCGGCAAGAACCUGGUCCUUUGGCAUCACCUAGUGGACAAAAGCAGGAAGACACGCUAAAUGACUUCAGCGUACCUGUUGCCACUUGAAUCGUGAUUGUGUCACCUGCUGGAGUAAACUUGGCAAACAUUUGUGCAUGGCUGAAUGUGCGCGUGUGUCUCACCAGUGAUGAAAGCAGGACAGCCAGCGCUGGACUUUUCUCCAACCACCCACAGCUUGCUGGCCUGAAAGACACAGUAAAAAAAUCCAGGCCUGUGGACAGAAAAGAGAUAAGCAUUAACUUUUGUAUCCACUUUGAAACGUUCAGGCUCAAUUUGAAGACUCACCUGCAGACAAAAGACAAUUAAAACGCAUGUGCAUUAUUA